CUAAGGCUAUCACGACUCAUACAUAAGUUAUACUUGGAAAAAAAACACGCGAGGGUUUGAAGAAUUUUCUUGUACAUAGUAUCUAAAGUACUCCCUCAGUCCCUGAAAGAACGACCCAUUUAGCUUAAUUUUAGUCAAAAAAAAAUGACCCAUUUGUUUUUUCCAACAUCUAUUCAUUUCUAUUCCUUUUAAAAAUGCCACCUUGACAAUCUUGUGUAUUUUAAUUAUAUUAACAAUACUUUAAUCUUAUUGACUAAUAAAGCAUCACAUAAAUUAGUUCAUUAUCACAUCAUGUUUAUUAGGCAUAGGAUAAAGAUAAAAACUUACAUCUAGGACUUUAUCUCUCUAGAUAUUAAUUGCAAAUUAUUGUUGAUUUGUGUUUUCCUAUACAUUUGUACUUGCAAUUAAGUUUCUUAACACCCGCUCAUUUAUGCGCGCAACCGUCCACUAUAAAACUUUAAAUGAAGCCGGCUAAAUUAACUACUACGUACUUCGGGGACGGAGGGAGUAUUAUGUAUUUGUGUUUCUAUCUAUUCAAAAAAAAAAAAAUGUUUAUAUUCCUCGUUUACGCGCGCAACCGUCCACUAUAAAACUACAAAUGACGGCGGCGUGAUCACGGCCACAUUCUGACGAAGUUCAGCCGUCAUAUGCUAAAUCCUUUCUAACGGCUACAUUUCGCCAUUGCCAAAUUUCAAAAACCUUCCAUUUCCAGUUUCAACCUUGUAUAAGCAAAAGUACCUUGAAAAUGGAGCGCAGUCUUUUGGCUUUUCUGCGCUCUUCUCAUCAUAUAAACCAGCUUAAGCAAAUUCAUGCUUUGAUUAUCACCAGAUACCCUUUUCUCUCUCCUAAUUUUGCUCAUAAAUUGCUUAAUUUGACCCAGUUGAAGUAUGCCCGCAAGGUGUUUGAUGAAAUGCCUAACCCAGAUGAACGUUUGUAUAAUAUGUUCAUUUCUGCGUAUUCUAGGAUUGGUUCAUACAAAGAAGCAGUGGGUAUGUUUUGUUUGAUGCGUCGUAAUGAUAAUAAUAUUACUAGUUAUAGUGUUCCACCUGUUUUGAAGUCGUGUUCGGCUUUCUUGAUGGUGGGGUUGGGGAAACAAGUUCAUUCUUUGAUAAUUAGUUUCGGGCUCGAGUCGAAUUGUUUUGUUCAAACUGCUUUGAUGGAUUUGUAUGCAAGGUCUGGUGAUUUGGUAUCUGCUAAAAUGGUUUUUGAUUGUAUUUUAGAUAGGGACCCUAUUACUUAUAAUUGUUUGAUGUCUGGGUACUCCAAAUCUAGUGAUGUUUUAGCAGCUCGUAGGUUGUUUGAUGAAAUGCCUGAGAAAAGUAUUGUUUCUUGGAAUACGAUGAUUUCCUGCUAUGCUCAUAGUGGUGAUCAUCAGGAAGCUUUGAGAAUAUUUGAAAUGAUGCAAGAGGAUAAUUCUCAAGCUAAUGAAUUUACUGUGGCAACUGUGCUCUCUAUCUGUGGUAGCCUGGGAGAUCUAGAAUGGGGUUUGAGACUCAAGAAGUAUGUUGAUGAUAAUAAUAUGUUUUCUAACAUGAUAGUGUCGACUGCAUUAAUGGAGAUGUUUGUAAAAUGUGGGGCUGUUCCUGAAGCUCGGCAAGUGUUUGAUCGCAUGAAUGAGAGGGAUAUUAUUACGUGGGGUUCUAUGAUUGCUGGUUAUGCCCAAAAUGGAAGCGCUAUUGAGGCUUUGGAACUGUUCAAAUGUAUGACAAAUGAGAAAAUUAAGCCAAAUGAUGUAACUCUGGUAAGUGUCUUAUCAGCUUGUGCUCAAUUAGGUUCUGUAGAAACAGGUGAACAGAUUAAAAAGUACAUAGAAACUGAAGGGUUGGACUCGAACAUGUAUGUUGCUUCGUCAUUGUUGUGUAUGUAUUCGAGGUGUGGAAGUAUAAAGAAGGCUUGGCAAGUCUUCAAUCAGAUGCCUGAGAAAGAUGUUGUAUCCUGGAACUCUAUGAUUACCGGGCUUGCUUUUAAUGGUUAUGCUAAGGAUGCUAUUAUUCUUUUCGAAAGAAUGAUAAAAACCAAUGUUAGGCCAGAUGGUGCUACAUUUGGUUCACUACUAACAGCAUGCACCCAUGCUGGCCUAGUUGACCUGGGUCUUAAACUCUUCCACAGCAUGCAUUCAGAGUAUGAUAUUGUCCCUGAAGUGGAGCAUUAUGCAUGCAUUGUUGACCUAUUUUGUAGAUGUGGAAGACUUAAUGAGGCUUAUGAAUUCAUAUGUCAGAUGAAGAAGCCAAAUGUUGUAAUUUGGGGCACGUUACUUAGUGCUUGCAGAAUUCAUUCUUAUACUGAGCUUGCGGAGGUAGCAUUGACAAAGUUGCUAGAGUUGGAACCUGAGAAUUCAGGCAAUUAUAUCCUUCUUUCAAACAUAUAUGCCCAUAAAGGAAGAUGGCAAGACAAUCUAAGAAUAAGAAACACGCUGAGAGAGAAAAAAGUACAGAAAAUUGCAGCAUAUAGUUGGAUCGAACUAGAGGAUGGGAUGCAUAGAUUUCUAGUUGCUGACUCAUUGCACCCUAGAUGUAGUGAGAUCUAUGAUGUGGCUGUUGGCUUGGCUAUGGUUUCAUCGGAUGAGACGGAGAAUUAUUUUGAAUAUUAGCUUAUAUCAAUUUUGAAGAUUGGAGCACCCAUCAGCAAAGCUUGAUUGGAGAUUGUACAGCUUUGAUAUUGUUUUGACAUAUUGAAUUAGUUCCUGAAGGAAGCUGUCUAAGCAAAAUUUUUGGAGAUGAUAUAAGAGAUUAUGGUCUACUCUGAU